AUGACUUUUUCCUGCGCGGAUAGAUCGACGACGAUGUUUCCGGCGUUCAUUCCACACGGACGCCAACCGACAAUGGAGGCAACAACCAUAACGCCCAAUGAUGUGCUUUGUGGGAAAGACAAGACCUACGGACGGCACCCUGGCAACCAAGUUUUUCGUCAAUUGAUUGAAGCAUCAGCUCAUCGUUAUGGAACCGCUCAAUUGAAGCAAGAAAAGAUGGAUAUGACGCAAGAGAUUGUGCAAAAUAUGAAGGAGAUUUACCAUGCUCGGUUUCUCACCUUAAAAGGGGGCGAAUGGCAUGAAAUCUCCUUCGGUGCUGCACGAGACAAGGUCAGCCAUGCACUCCGUUUUGCGGCUAAGCAGUCUUCUCGCGAGAGCAGUCCAGUGAGUGGCGAUUCGAAUGUCAUUGUAAUUCCCUCUUCCUCUGUAUUCCCUCAGCCCGAUCGAGAUACAGUGACAACACAGUUCCCUGCAUUGUCUAACAUAGUUCAGCGGCAGCAAGAGCUUCUACGUCACCAGCAAGGGACAGACGAUCUUGCCGACUACCAUGAUAUCACACCGAUUGCUUUAAGUCGGAACUACAGUAAGACUGCUUCGGAAGAACAAAGCCACGCAUUUGACACUCUACGAAGUUCCGACAUGACUGAUUUGCUCGCAUCUUCAAUGGACGAAGACGAAUGGGAGAUUGUGAGAUCUAUGGCCCAAAGUUAGCAAAUGCAUUCAACUCAAGGCAGCGUCUCACGAUCCCAGCCGUCCCCACUUGUUCACUAUUGCAGAAAGCUCAUUCAAUUUCAGACUGAAAAGGCUUGUAAAAUAUUUUU